AUGCUUGGAAUUUGGAUUCUUGCCCUGUUUCUGCUCAGCGCAGCAGAAGGCAAAGAAGUUUGCUAUGAUAGGCUUGGGUGCUUCACAGACGAUAUACCAUGGUCUGGGACUGCAGAAAGGCCCAUCUACAAAUUGCCCUGGAAACCAGAGAGUGUAGACACUCACUUCCUCCUGUACACUAAAGAGAACAUGAAUAACUUUCAGGAGCUGUCUGCUGUUCAGAAGUCAACAAUCAAGGCCUCAAAUUUUAAGGCAAGCAGGAAGACCAGAUUUAUUGUACAUGGAUUUGUAGACGAUGGAGAAGAAACCUGGUUGGCAGACAUGUGCAAGAGGAUGCUUACUGUGGAAGAUGUGAACUGCAUCUGUGUGGACUGGCAGAGAGGUGCAAUGUGUACGUACAGCCAGGCGUCCAACAACGUCCGCAUCGUGGGCGCUGAAAUCGCUUAUUUCGUGAACGUCCUCAAGGAGGAGUACGGGUACUCCCCAGCUGAUGUUCACAUCAUUGGCCACAGCCUGGGAGCGCACGCUGCGGGCGAGGCCGGCCGCAGGUACCCGGGCAUCGGCAGAAUCACAGGACUGGACCCUGCACAACCUUAUUUUCAAGGCACUCCAAUUGAAGUCAGACUGGAUAAAUCUGAUGCAGAAUUUGUUGACGUUAUCCACACAGACACAGCUCCCACAAUCCCCAACUUAGGUUUUGGCAUGGCGCCAGCUAUAGGACAUCUUGACUUUUAUCCAAACGGAGGAGUUGAGAUGCCCGGCUGUGACAAGAACCCCAUUUCACAGAUCGUAGAUCUCGAUGGCAUCUGGGAAGGAACUCGGGACUUCGUGGCUUGCAAUCACCUGAGGAGUUACAAGUACUACUCGGACAGUAUUGUCUACCCUGAUGGAUUUUUAGGCUAUGCCUGUGCUUCAUAUGAUCUUUUUAAAGAAGGAAGCUGUUUCCCAUGCCCAGAAGCGGGAUGCCCAACUAUGGGUCACUAUGCAGACAGAUUCAAGGACCAGGUUAAAAAUGAGUUCACAAAACUUUACCUGAAUACUAGAGAGGCCAAGGAUUUUCCUCUUUGGAGGUACAAAGUUUCCGUGACCCUCUCUGGAAAUAGCAAAUUAGAAGGAUACGUAAAUGUGGCCCUCUAUGGCACUGGUGGGAACACAAAGCAGCACCAGAUCAUCAAGGGUAACCUCAAACCAGGCAACACUUACACAGCCUACAUUGAUGCAGAAGUUAAUGUAGGAGAAGUUACCAAGGUUAAAUUCCUUUGGAACAACAACUGGGUCAACCCAACUCUUCCUAAACUGGGAGCUGCAACCAUCACAGUGGAAGUUGGGCAGACUAGAAGAGAGUACCGUUUCUGUGGCUCUGAGACCGUGAGGGAGGAUGUCCUGCAGACUCUGACUGCUUGCUAACACCGUGUUCAGAUCCCCAAAUCCUGCUACCAAUAAAAGCUACUCAUGCAGAAAACACUGG